AGAAGAAGAAGCCGGAAGUCUCACUUGUCAACAUCAUGCAUACACGUGUGGAGUGUAAGCUGUGUUGGAGAAGCAUGUGAAAUAUCUGUUUUAAAUCUAAACUCUUGUGGAUGUUUUAAGGUUAAUAAAGAAGAUUCACGCCCGAGGUUUGAGGAAAACUCACGAAAAUGAAGUUUGCUUACAGGGUGAGUGAGCCGCUGCUUACGGAGGAGAGCUAACAGACCAAACUCCAUUCAAAAAUAAGUCAAUUUAAGACGUUAUUUCGAACGGUACAGAAAAACAACACGCCGCUCGUAUCAGAUUAUUCGACCUGAGUGAAUUAAAUUAUCAGCUUUUCUUUAAUUGUGUUUUUUUUUUAAUUUAAGUUCCUGACAUUACUCCAGUAUAAAAUCACGGAUCUGACAUUUAAAGAGUCUUCAAUAUGAAAAAAAUUAUCUAAACUCAUUAAUUCCUGCUGAAACUCUUUUAACUUCUAUCCUUUUUAAGAACGUUUGUCACUGUUGUAGUUUUAACUUUAAAAAAGUCGUUAUCUGUUGUUGCACUUAAAAUUCGAAGUGCACUGAUCACAAUUUUCUGACCGAUCACUGAUCUUCAAGAAGCUCCACCUGCCGAUACCGAUUUUGGCCGAUAACAGUUCUAUUUUUAUAACUGAUAACAAACACCUUUGACACUCCAAUCUUAUUUUAAUGAAAAACAGUGAAGAAUAAGUGUCAAACAAUAAAAACCUUUUUGUGUUUGUUUUAACUGCACGUGAGGUAGUUCUCUCAAAUAUUAAUAAAAAGUUUCUGAAUAUUUCUGUCCAAACCACUAAAUUAGCUUUCUAAAUUUGAGCUUUCUUUGUAGUGGGUUCAACAUCCUUAAAUGAUCAUGCUCCGGAUGACUGUUGUGCGUGUAGCUGGCGUUGAGCUGUCAUUCUAGUUAAAACAAAAAGCUUCAACAGCUGACUGUCAGACCUUUGCUGAGGUCGAUCAGAUCGGUGGAUAAAAUCGGUUUCAUAUGUAAGAAUCAGCUGAUCGCGAUUCCCCAGAAUUGAGGUUAUUGAUUUAUCAGUGUUUAGUUUAAAUACUUGAAAAAGUCUUUCUGUUUUUGUUUAAACUCUUUAAAAAAGUCUCUCUCUGUUGUAGUUUAAACUCUUUUUAAAAGUCUCUCUUUGUUGUUUUUGUAGUUUAAACUCUUUUAAAAAGUCUUUCUGUUUUUGUUUAAACUCUUUAAAAAAGUCUCUCUCUGUUGUAGUUUAAACUCUUUUUAAAAGUCUCUCUUUGUUGUUUUUGUAGUUUAAACUCUUUUAAAAAGUCUUUCUGUUUUUGUUUAAACUCUUUAAAAAAGUCUCUCUCUGUUGUACUUUAAACUCUUUUAAAAAGUCUUUCUUUGUUGUUUUUGUAGUUUAAACUCUUUUUAAAAGUCUUUCUUUGUUGUUGUAGUUUUCCAACCUCCUUGGCGCCGUCUACCGUCAGGGGAAUCUGAACUUCUCCAGAGACGGUAACGCUGUGAUCAGUCCGGUGGGAAACAGAGUCUCGGUCUUUGAUCUGAAGAAGUAGGUCCUUAUAAAAAUAUUAAUAUUGAAAGUGAAAGUUUUCUCUUUGUUUUAAUGUUUCAUUUAUUUUCUGUCCUUCAGUAACACGUCCGAGACUUUACCGCUCUCAAUGACCAAAAACAUCACAUGUGUGGGUCUCUCUCCUGACGGAAACUUGGCGGUGAUCGUGGAUGAAGGUGGGAUGGUCGUCUGCUCUUUACACUGAUUUAUUUCUAACGAAUAUCAGAGUUUGUUAAAGUAAAACUACAGACUCUAAGUGUGUGUUUGUGUGUUUGUGUGUUUGACAGAUGGAGCAGCUUUGUUGGUCAGUCUCAUCACCAGAGCUGUCCUUCAUCAUUUCAACUUUCACAAGCCGGUCAGCUGCAUCCGCUUCUCACCUGACGGCAGGUAACCACGUCAGAGGAGUGUCUCCCCGUACGCCUCGGGGUCAGAUAAGAGUUUGGACUCUGUGAAAACAACAGUCCUGAUCUUUGCUUUCCCGUCCCUCUCAGGAAGUUCGUGGUGACCAAGGAGAACGUCGCUCUGAUGUACCACGCUCCCGGAAAGCAGCGUCAGUUCAACGCCUUCGUGUUGGACAAGAGUUACUACGGCCCGUACGACGAAACCACCUGCAUCGACUGGACGGACGACUCCAAGUGAGCAUGGAACCUCUGCUUUCUUUCCCACCAAACCCCAUGGAAAAAUCUGUCUGUUUAGUCUGUUAUUUUCUGAUUCUUAUCCGUCAUUCAUACGUCAGUGUGGCUGAAGUUUGAUGUUUGUGACCUCAGGUGUUUCGUGGUGGGCAGCAAAGACAUGUCCACGUGGGUGUUUGGAGCCGAGCGCUGGACCAACCUCAUCUACUACUCUCUGGGAGGACACAAGGACGUGAUGGUGGGCUGUUUCUUUGAGAAGGACAGUCUGGAUGUGAGUUUAUUCUUCGAUUCUUUCACUCUGUCAAAGUCUGACACCGUCCACCACGACAGAGACUCUCUCUCCUGAUUUCAGCUCUACACCGUCAGUCAGGACGGGACGCUGUGUGUCUGGGAGAGCGACACCGAGCUGGACGGUCUCGUCCUGGCGAGGAAGAGCCGAGCCGUAACGCCGAGGCCGGGGGAGGAAGAGGAGGAGGAGGAGAGGGAGGAAGGACAGGAGGGCGAGGUGAUCAGAGGGAAAGCAGAAGCUCCCAAAGAGAAGACGACAAAAAACGUUCGAUUCAAGCAGAGGAGCAAGUGAGUGAGGAGAGGAACUGAGAGGAACUUUAGGUUGGCUGUGGACGUGACGGGGUUUCAGAGGUCUGCAGGUCAGAAGAUCGUCAUGUCGGAGGAGUUUAGAUUCAGAGUCUGGUAAAAGUUCUUCUUCUUCUUCUGCUCUUUUAGACACUUUUUCAACAAGGAGGGGGAUUUCAACAACCUCACUGCUGCCGCCUACCACAAGCCCACCCACAUCCUGGUCACAGGAUUCGCCUCAGGGGUCUUCCACCUUCACGAGCUCCCCGAGUUUAACCUGAUCCACUCGCUCAGGUGAGAGACACACAGGUUCUUCUUCUUCUUCUGCUGGACCUGGUCUUCUCUGGAGACGUAGACUCUGGUUUUGAGACUCUCUGGGUGUUUCUGUCUGCAGUAUCUCAGACCAGAGGAUCUCCUCGGUGUCCAUCAACGCCUCCGGAGACUGGAUCGGCUUCGGCUGCUCAGGUGAGACUGCCGCCGCCGCCGCCCCGUCCUCGACCUCGUUGGUCUCCUGGUCUCGGUGGGUUUUGAUGGUUCUGUCUUCUCAGGGAUGGGUCAGCUGCUGGUCUGGGAGUGGCAGAGCGAGUCCUACGUCUUCAAGCAGCAGGGACACUUCAACAACAUGGCCUCCAUGGCGUACUCGCCGGACGGCCAGUACAUCGUGACGGGCGGCGACGACGGCAAAGUGAGUGUGACGAUUGUUGUGUCUGAUGGUUGACGGCGGUCUGUGGUCUCACCUGUACCUGUUCUGGACCAGGUCAAAGUCUGGAACACCAACAGCGGCCUCUGCUUCGUCACCUUCACCGAGCACACCAGCAGCGUCGCCGUGGUAACCUUCACCUCCAGCGGCUUCGUCAUCGUCAGCGCCUCUCUGGACGGGACGGUGCGAGCGUUCGACCUGCACAGGUGACCCUGAAGUCUAAACCGUGUGUGUGUGUGUGUGUGAGAGUGUGUGUGUGUGUGUGUGUGUGUGUGAGAGUGUGUGUGUGUGAGUGUGUGUGCUGUAGAAACCAACGUGUGUGUGUGUGUUUACAGGUACAGGAACUUCAGGACCUUCACCUCGCCGCGGCCCGCGCAGUUCUCCUCCCUGGCUGUAGAUGUCAGCGGAGAGCUGGUGAGCGCUGGAGCGCAGGACUCCUUUGAGAUCUUCCUGUGGUCCAUGCAGACGGGCAGACUUCUGGAGGUGGGUUUGAAAGACGCCGUGAAGAUAUUUGUGAAACCGCUCGACAAAAACAAGAUAAAAACAAGAUAAAAACACUGAAUCUGAGAGAAAAGGGACUAAAAACAAGAUAAAACAAGAUAAAAACAAGAUAAAACAAGAUAAAAACAGGAUAAAACAAGAUCAAAACAAGAUCAAAACAAGAUCAAAACAAGAUAAAAACACUGAAUCUGAGAGCAAAGGGACUAAAAAUAAGAUAAAACAAGAUAAAAACAAGAUAAAACAACUGAAUAUGAGACAAAAGGGACUAAAAACAAGAUAAAACAAGAUCAAAACAAGAUCAAAACAAGAUAAAAACACUGAAUCUGAGAGCAAAGGGACUAAAAAUAAGAUAAAACAAGAUAAAAACAAGAUAAAACAACUGAAUAUGAGACAAAAGGGACUAAAAACAAGAUAAAACAAGAUCAAAACAAGAUAAAACAACUGAAUAUGAGAGAAAAGGGACUAAAAACAAGAUAAAAACAAGAUACAACAACUGAAUAUGAGAGAAAAGGGACUAAAAACAAGACAAAACAAGAUCAAAACAAGAUAAAAACACUAAAUCUGAGGGAAAAGGGACUAAAAACAAGAUAAAAACACUGAAUCUGAGAGAAAAGGGACUAAAAACAAGAUAAAAACACUGAAUCUGAGAGAAAAGGGACUAAAACAAGAUAAAAACACUGAAUCUGAGAGAAAAGGGACUAAAAACAAGAUAAAAACAAGAUAAAAGAACUCAAUAUGAGAGAAAAAGGACUUUAAACAAGAUAAAAACAAGAUAAAAGCACUGAAUAUGAGAGAAAAGAGACUAAAAACAUGAUAAAAACAAGAUAAAAGCACUGAAUAUGAGAGAAAGGGACUAAAAACAAGAUAAAACAUGAUAAAAACAAGAUAAAAAACACUGAAUCUGAGGGAAAAGGGACUAAAAACAAGAUAAAACAAGAUCAAAACAAGAUAAAACAAGAUAAAAACAGGAUAAAACAAAAUAAAAACAAGAUAAAUUAUCUGUCCAUGCAGCAAGAUCAUUUCACUGACAAGAUUUUUUGAAUUAGGGUUGUUGAGUGAGUUCAGUCACCUUCAGUAAGGUUGUUUGAUAGAAGAUUAAAGUUAGACUUUGACUUUGACUCUGAAAACAGGAGAACUUCUCCAACACUUCUGGAUCUACGUUUGUUUUUGUCUUUAAAUCAUUUUCGGUGCAGAUCCUGGUUUUCUGUGAAGAUUGUGGAUCUGAGAGUCCAGUUUUUACACUGAAGUUCACUCUGGACGUCUUCUUUCCCCUCAGAUCCUCGGGGGUCACGAAGGUCCGGUUAGCUGUCUGUGUUUCAGUCCGGUUCAGUCGGUCCUGGCCAGCGCCUCCUGGGAUCGGACGGUCCGUCUGUGGGACAUGCUGGACAGCUGGCAGGUCAAAGAAACCCUCCCUCUGACCUCUGACGGUAAAUACUGACCCUCCAUCAGACCAGGAGCCAGAAAACUGGUCCACCUGAGGUUUGGACCUGACUGUCAUAGACCUGUACGGCCACUAGAGGGGGCUGAACCAGACGAUCCAGACGACUCUGUCCCCAAAACAGACGAUUAUUUACUGAUGUGUGUGUGUGUGUGUGUGUGUGUGUGUCUGCAGCUCUGUCGGUGACGUACCGCCCUGACGGUCAGGAGCUCGCCGUGGCCACUCUGAACGGAGAGAUCUCUUUCUGGAACCCUCAAACCGCCUCACAGACCGGCUCCAUAUCCGGACGCCACGACCUGCAGACGGGACGCAAGGAGACGGACAAGAUCACGGCGAAGCAGUUGGCGAAGGGGAAGUGAGUGAAGGGAGUAAGGAGGGAGGGAGGGAGGUCUGACUCCUUCUCUGCUCUGAUUCACCCUCUCUCUCUCUCCGUGGUCGUUUCCAGGUCGUUCACCACGCUCUGCUACUCGGCGGACGGCGCCUCCAUCCUGGCCGGAGGUCAGUCCAAGUUCGUGUGUAUCUACAACAUCAGGGAGCAGAUGCUGCUGAAGAAGUUUGAGAUCUCCUGUAACCUCUCCUUCGACGCCAUGGAGGUACGAACCCGGGUUUUUUGAAGUUCCCGCUCUGAGUUCUGGUCUCGGUCUGGUUCAGUCUGAUCAUUCGGGUCCAUGUUGGGACUUUUUAGGAGUUCCUGGACCGCAGGAAGAUGACUGAGUUCGGCAGCCUGGCGUUGGUGGAUGAGGGCGCCGGAGACGGUGACGGGGUCAAGAUCAGUCUGCCUGGAGUCAGGAGAGGUACGGCGCUCUCACCGUCAUCACAGGAAGUAGAUCUGGAGUCGUAUUUGUUUGCUAAAACUCGGCAACACGAAGUCGACCAAACGUCGUUAUUGCCGAUCAUGAUCCUGACUUUACGAAUCCUUUUACUGCUCGUCGACUGCUAACUUCCUGGGAGGUUUCCUUUCAAAAUAAGGGCGUCGGUCUCUGUUAUUUUACUUACGGGAAGCGUUUUUUUUUUUUUUUGUAGAAUGGUAGGGGAAAGUCCCGCCUCCCUCGCCUCUGAUUGGCUAGAAAAGCUGGAAACGUCAUCACAUGCUCAGUCCAAACGCGGGCUGUCGGCUCUGAAUCUCCGAACCAGACAGACGAUGACGUUUCACAGCCAUUAAGAAUAACCAAUCAGAGCCCAGCACUUCUAGCCAAUCAGAGGCGAAGGAGGGCGGGACCUUCUCCUACCAUCCUACAAAAGAAAAUGUCACUUACAAUAACAGGAAGUGGGGAUUGCACCUUCAAAAUAAGACUGAGGAUACCAACACGUUUGUUCUUUUUCCGUCUCUGUGUUUCCAGGCGACAUGAGCUCUCGACAUUUUAAACCUGAGAUCAGAGUGACCUCGCUCAGGUUCUCCCCUACUGGUAGGUGUUGGAAUUACGCUCUGAUUCAGACUCAGAGGGAGGGAGAAUAUUGACCGUCUGUUUCCACGUUUCUCAGGACGCAGCUGGGCCGCCACGACCACCGAGGGUCUCCUCGUCUACUCCCUGGACGGCUCGCUCGUCUUCGACCCGUACGACCUGGACCUGGACGUGACGCCCGCGAGCAUCCGUAAAAAGCUGCGGCUGCAGGAUUGGACGUCGGCCAUCGUCAUGGCGUUCCGACUCAACGAAAAGGCUCUGAAGCAGGAAGUGCUGGAAACGGUGCCGCACGAGCAGAGUGAGUGAACCCCGCUCUGAUCAGACUCAGAUCUCGGGAUUGUUAGCGUGACGAUAACGACGAUCUUUUUUUCCGCUCAGUCCAAGUCGUCUGCAGCUCUCUGCCAGACGUCUACGUGGAGAAGCUGCUCGGCUUCGUGGCGGCGUGUUUGGAGAAGUCGGGUCACCUGCAGUUCUACAUGACGUGGGCUCAGAGUCUGCUGAUGCUGCACGGACAGAAACUCAAAAACAGGUUUCUUCUUUUUUAUACGUGUUUUUACCUCACAGACCGCCGUGUUAGCCACUCAUCUCUUACACGAUGUCUCUUUGGCGUGCAGGUCCGGAGUGAUCCUGCCCACACUUCAGGCGCUGCAGAAAAGCAUCCAGAGACACUUUGACGACCUUUCCAAACUGUACGUCCGUUUUCUUGACAUCAGUUUUUGUUCAAAGAACAGAAACGUUCAGGACUCUAAACGUCUCUUUUGUCUCCGCUUGAAGGUGUGACUUUAAUAAAUUCAACAUUCGCUACGCCGUGGCUCUGUCCAAGCAGAGGGGGGUGAAGAGAGCAGCUGAGGAGGAGGAGGAGGAGGAGGAGGAGGAGGAGGAUGAAGGGCUGUCAGAGGGGAUGAGUGAAGCCUCCUUGAACGGUGCAGACAUGAUCCUGUAGACCUGAAGAAAACCGACAGGAUGAAUAUUUAUCUUUGAAUAUCUUCAUGUGAACUCAGAAACUAAAGUGUAAACUGCUUUUUUAUUAAAAUGUCCGAAUGUUUUUGACUUUCAUUUUCUCUGGGUGCAUUUUUUUAAGCUCAGCUGAUCAUUUAAAGGGUCUGUUCAGUCUUUAAAGGUCUGUAGAUUAAAAAAAAAAAAAGAUAGAAAAUGUUUUUUUUUGCAAUAAAAAUGGAUCAAAAUAGUCCUUCAA